AAGCUCCCCCUGCAGCCCUCAGUUCCAGGUAACAGUUUAGAACAGGAAGCACAGGAGAGCCCCAUGAGCACCCCAAGAAGGUAUCAGGGAGGAAUGCCAGCAAGCAGCUCUGCCCAGUGUCGGAGGUAAUGAAGAGAACAAGUUCCAGGACACCUCCAUCUCUCCAAGAGGAACCUCAACAAUCUAUUUACAGGACCCGCUUCCAUAUCACCCUGCUCCCUGGACUGGGAACCAUGGUGCACUCCCUGCCCAGAGCACUCUUCCCGAUCCUGCUGCUCCAGGUGCCCAUGUGGGGCUCAGAUUCGUUUGAAGUGAGCGGCCCCUCGGAGCCCAUUGUGGCUAUGCUGGGCACAGAAGCCGUGCUGCCCUGUUAUGUGACCGCAGCCGUGGAUAUGAAGAACGUGGAGCUGCGCUGGUUCCGCUCCCAGUACUUGGAGGCUGUGUACGUGUAUCAGGAUGGGAUGGAGCAGGCAGCAGAGCAGCUCGUAGAUUACAAAGGACGAGUAGAGCUGCUGAAGGAUUACAUCUCAGAGGGGAGAGUGGCUGUGAGGAUCCACAGUCUCCGAGUCUCAGACAAUGGGAUAUACUGGUGUUUCUUUAAACAGAAUGACAACUUUGGUGAAGCCACUUUGGAGCUCAAGGUCAUAAGUCUUGGUUCUGGUCCUCGCAUCAUCAUGGUGGGUCCAGAAGAUGAAGGCAUAAGGCUGUCAUGCACUGGCAAGGGGUGGUUUCCCCAGCCUGAAGUACAAUGGAAGGAUGAGAACGGAGAGAAGAUCCCAUCUCUGUCUGAGCAGGAGACCCAAGACGAUGAUGGCUUGUUCCAGAUGGAUGCAUUCCUCAUUUUGAGAGACAGAACAAAGGGGAAAGUGUCCUGCUCCAUGAAGAAUUCCUUCCUUCUACAGGAGCAGACGGACACAAUUUCUAUCCCAGAGCCCUUCUUUCCUAGGGCCUCGCCUUGGAGGGCAGCGUUUGCUGUGACUUUCCUCAUGCUUGUGGUUUGCCUGAGUGCUGUUGUCUUUUUUGCUUGGCGAGAAAAGCAAGAAAAGAAGAAAUUAAAGGAGGUCAAGGAUGCAAAACAGAAAGAAGUUACUGAAAAAGAAGCAAUCAAGAAAGAACUUGAGAGAAGGAAGAAUUUGUAUCUACUCGACUGGAAGAAAGCAAAUUUAUAUGCUGACUGGAGAAAAGAGAAGUUCACAGCAGUGGAUGUUUCCUUGGAUCCAAAAACAGCUCAUCCCAAACUCAAGAUAUCUGAAAAUGAAAGACAUGCUUCUUUGGAAGAAGAAGAUUAUGAAACCAAAUUCAGUGUCCUAGGUCGUAAUUGUUUUACCACAGGAAAACAUUAUUGGGAGGUAGAAGUAAAUAAAGAGACAGAAAUGAAGUCUGGAACUAGAUGGGCUUUGGGUAUUUGCUCAGAAAUAGUGGAGACAAAGGGAUGGUUUACAGAAAAUACAGACAAGGACUUCUGGGUGUUGGCAUGCAAGGAAGGGACAGUCAUGGCUCUCACCUCCAAGUCAGAAUCUCUGUCAUUGAGACAUUACCCUGAGAGGAUAGGAAUAUUCUUGGACUUAGAGAAUGGGGAUGUAUCCUUUUACAACAUGAUGGAUGGAUCCCAUAUCUAUUCCUAUUCUGGCAGCUUCCGUGGGAACAUACAUCCUUAUUUUAGCUUGCAAGGUGUUGGCACAUCUAUGUCCAUCUGCUCAACUUCAGGUCAGAAUGAAAAUGUUCCCAGGUCUUCUUCACAAACUUCAGUAACUCUACCAAGGAAUUGUGAUAUAGAUAUUCCCCAGGAAACUAAUACUCUGCUGUAUAAGAAGUGAAGUGGCAGCCCCAGGUACCUUCAAUGCCUCUACUCAAGCUUCUUGUAAGAAAGUUGUUCUGUAUGGAGUGGUCAGCUUCAACCUCUUCCCAAGAGGGAGAGCCAGAAAGAGAAAUGGGAAGACAGGAAAAACCCAGGGAGAAUUUCCUCUACAGCUCUCAGUGGGGAAGCAUUCUCUUUGUGAGCAGCAUGAUUUGUUACAAAUAACACCAAACACAUGUAUGAAGUCUUUCCUCUGUGUUUGUGCUUAAUAUAUGCUUAUGUAAAUGCCUUUUAUUAUCCUUGAAGAAAAAAAAUGUUGAUGUGUGAAAUUGAUAUGUUGAGAUUUCAUUAUUGCUUCUAGCCCUUGUCUAUACACUUACAGAACAGUGUUUUUUCUACUACUUGUUGAAUUCUCUAUUUAGAGGAGGACUGAUUGUAAUUACAAAGAAGCUUGAAACUAUGUCAUUGUAAAAAUUAAAAGAAAAAUGUAAAAAAGAUGAAAGAGGGUGGAAAUGAAGGAGGGAGGGAGGGUAGAAAGUAUCUAUGCUCGUAAAAUUGUGUAUGUGACAUACCUGAAAUCUGUUCCCUUUUCAUAAAUUGGAAAAGCUUUAAAAGGGAAAAGAUAUAUUCUUCCCUUUUUACUGUCAAACAUGGAGGGGUUGAUGUUUAAAAGGGAAGGGCAGUUGGAGUGAAUAUGCAAUACAGGUUAACACCGCUGAAAAGUAGAAAUCUGCUAAACCCCAUCAAAAUGCAAGAA